CCGUUUCUCCUGCAGGCCCAGCAGAGCCAGGAGCCGCUCUCGGAGCUGGAGAAGGCCAUGGACGUCAUCAUCGACGUCUUCCACCAGUACUCGCGCCGCGAGGGCGACAGGGACACCCUGAGCAAGAAGGAGCUCAAGAUGAUGAUUGAGAAGCAGCUGGCCAAUUACCUGAAGAACGUGAAGAGCAAGGCCACCAUCGACCAGAUCAUGAAGGACCUGGACGUCAACAAGGACGCCCAGAUCAGCUUUGGGGAGAUGAUGCUGCUGGUCACCCGUGUCACCUGUGCCACCCACGAGCACCUGCACGAGGUGGAGGACCACCAGCACCAGCACCAGCACCAACACCAGCACCACCACUGAGGCAGCCCCCGCUUCCCUCCCCACCAGGAGGAAUCCUGGAGCUUGGAGAAGGCUCCAGAGCUGAAUCCAGCCUUCAACCCCUCCCUCCCUCCUCCUCUUCCUCCUCCUCUUCCUCCCAGCACCGUGGUUUUGCUGCCAAAUAAAAGUUUCCAAAGCUC